AUAGUCCACGUGGCGCACGCGCAGUGCAGAAUUGCCGGUCCUCUCGGCGGGCUUAGGGUCUUCUCUCCCGUGGCGCUCUCGGGUUUUGUCUCUCAGCCGUCCUUCCAUGUCGGAGGAGAAGGCCAGCAGCCCUUCGGGGAAGAUGGACGGCGAGAAGCCGGUGGAUGCCAGUGAGGAGAAGCGAAAGGAAGGAGGCAAGAAGAAGAGCAAAGAUGGAGGUGGAGAUGGAGGUCGAGCGGAGUUGAAUCCUUGGCCUGAAUAUAUUAACACACGCCUUGAUAUGUAUAAUAAGCUAAAAGCAGAGCAUGAUUCUAUCCUAGCUGAAAAGGCAGCAAAAGAUAGCAAGCCAAUUAAAGUCACUCUGCCCGAUGGCAAACAGAUGGAUGCAGAGUCCUGGAAAACCACACCGUAUCAGAUUGCAUGUGAAAUCAGUCAAGGCCUGGCUGACAACACUGUUAUCGCUAAAGUGAACGAAGCGGUCUGGGACCUGGACCGCCCGCUGGAGACAGACUGCACUUUGCAGCUUCUCAAGUUUGAGGAUGAGGAGGCACAGGCGGUAUAUUGGCACUCCAGUGCCCACAUAAUGGGUGAGGCCAUGGAAAGAGUCUAUGGUGGAUGUUUAUGUUACGGCCCACCAAUAGAAAAUGGGUUCUAUUAUGAUAUGUACCUCGAAGAAGGGGGUGUGUCCAGCAAUGAUUUCUCUUCCCUGGAAACUUUGUGUAAGAAGAUCAUUAAAGAGAAACAACCUUUUGAAAGAUUGGAAGUGAAAAAGGAAACGUUACUAGAAAUGUUUAAGUACAACAAGUUCAAGUGCCGGAUACUGAAUGAAAAAGUAAACACUCCGACCACGACUGUCUAUAGAUGUGGCCCUUUGAUAGACCUCUGCCGCGGUCCUCAUGUCAGACACACUGGCAAGAUUAAGACUUUAAAAAUCCACAAGAAUUCCUCCACAUACUGGGAAGGCAAGGCAGACAUGGAAACCCUCCAGAGGAUUUACGGCAUUUCAUUCCCCGACCCCAAACUGCUGAAAGAGUGGGAGAAGUUCCAAGAGGAAGCCAAAAACCGAGAUCAUAGGAAAAUUGGGAGGGACCAAGAGCUAUAUUUCUUCCAUGAACUCAGCCCUGGAAGUUGCUUUUUCCUGCCCAAAGGAGCCUACAUUUAUAAUACCCUUAUGGAGUUUAUCAGGAGUGAGUACAGGAAAAGAGGAUUCCAGGAGGUCGUCACUCCAAACAUCUUCAACAGCCGGCUCUGGAUGACCUCUGGCCACUGGCAGCACUACAGUGAGAACAUGUUCUCCUUUGAGGUGGAGAAGGAGCAGUUCGCCCUGAAGCCCAUGAACUGCCCAGGACACUGCCUCAUGUUCGAUCAUCGGCCACGGUCCUGGCGAGAGCUGCCUCUGCGGUUGGCCGAUUUUGGUGUGCUUCAUAGGAAUGAGCUCUCGGGGGCUCUUACAGGACUCACGCGGGUCCGAAGAUUCCAGCAGGAUGAUGCACACAUUUUUUGUGCCAUGGAGCAGAUCGAGGAUGAAAUCAAAGGUUGUUUGGAUUUUCUUCGCACAGUAUAUAAUGUCUUUGGAUUUUCAUUUAAAUUGAAUCUUUCUACUCGCCCAGAAAAAUUCCUUGGAGAUGUUGAAAUAUGGAACCAAGCCGAGAAACAACUUGAAAACAGUUUGAAUGAGUUUGGUGAGAAGUGGGAACUGAAUCUUGGCGAUGGAGCUUUCUAUGGUCCAAAGAUUGACAUACAGAUAAAAGAUGCCAUCGGCCGCUACCACCAGUGUGCAACCAUCCAGCUGGAUUUCCAGUUGCCCAUCAGAUUUAAUCUUACUUACGUAAGCCAUGAUGGCGAUGACAAGAAAAGACCCGUGAUUGUUCACCGAGCCAUCCUGGGGUCUGUGGAAAGAAUGAUUGCCAUCCUUACCGAAAACUACGGGGGCAAAUGGCCUUUCUGGCUCUCUCCUCGCCAGGUGAUGGUAGUUGCAGUGGGACCAACAUGUGAUGAAUAUGCCCAAAAGGUACGGCAACAAUUCCAUGAUGCUAAAUUCAUGGUGGAUAUUGACCUGGAUCCAGGCUGCACCUUGAAUAAGAAGAUCAGAAAUGCACAGUUAGCACAGUAUAACUUCAUCCUGGUUGUUGGUGAAAAAGAGAAAGCCAGUGGUACUGUGAACAUCCGCACCAGAGACAACAAGGUCCACGGGGAGCGAACCGUCGAGGAAACCGUGGAGCGGUUGCGGCAGCUCAAGCAGACCCGGAGCAAGCAGGCAGAGGAGGAGUUUUGACGGGAGCAUGGCCAGCACUGGCUCGGCCUGGAGGAAGACCGGUGCUCCUUCACAUGGCCUUGUCUGCUGGGAAACGUGGGUUUAUGAUGAACGUGGAGUAGUUCUGCAGUCUGCAUGAAUCAGUUUUUGAUCUGGACAAGCCUUAGAGAAUGUGUUAGAUGGGGGUUAAUAAAAGAACCAUUAAAAUUAUUUUAUUCACUAAAUGUCUCAGCAAUGGAAAAACGGGAUGUUUAAAUGUAUCAGGGUUAUUUUAUAUGAAUUCAAUCAAUUAAAAAAUAAAAAUUUUAAAAAAGUGCUUAAAGAAAAACCAGGACUGAAUCAUGGUGUUAAAAAUUAAAAUUUACAGAUGUCAAGACCUCUGUCCUUGUGUUUCUGUAGUGUUUCUGUAGAAGCACCUGGCUCAGAUUGUGUGCCUCGGUGUCCAGCAGGAAGGGUGGAAAUGGAUGUGCAGGUGUGUGGGAGGGCAGGUCAUGGCAUGAGCUGAUUCCCAACUGGGAUGGAGCCUGCUGCUGGCUUGUUAGUGGUAAGGUAAACAUUUCUUUUUGAGAUGACACUUUUAUUUCUUUUUGGGUAGAGAGCUUUGAAAUAACACAACAAUGCACGAACUCUUAAGGAUGUGUCUUCAAAGAUAGAGCUGUGUAUGGAAGACUGUUUUUUGUUAAGUGGGUUUUCUACUAUGAUGAAUACUUUUCAGAUUUUUCUAUCAGCAAACCGUUUAUGGAGAAUGACAUAAGAAAGGAAUUUCUUAUGUGGUUAUAUAUUAUUUCCCUUUUAUAGUCAUUUUCAGAAAUCAACAUCUUGUCAAGUCUAUAGUAACCCAACAAUUUUGUUGGCAAUGAUUACAUCAAAGAGAAGCUAUUGUACAUAGAUUAAUCCUCUAAUAAAGGAAGUGAUGUUU